AUGGCGAUGAUAGCUCGCAUAUCGCUGUCGAAGAAUUUUCCGAGCGUUUACCGAACGCACUACGACAAGGAAGUGGCGCGACUCGUACGUGCGCUAACGCGAGCUGCCACUCGGCGAACGAAAAAUGUCUGGUGGAUGACCGAAGAGACCGAACGGACAGCGGCUGCCGCCAAGUUUCGAGCGAUCGUUCCCGAAGUCUUCGGCACCACACCUAGCACCUACUGGCCGGCUCUGUAUUACGGCAUCUCGUCGCCACGGAUAAACGAAAGCAGCGUCAUAAAAAGUUACGUCGAGCUCCUACGGCACACCAGGAGAGUCUACUUGGGUUCCACUUGGCCCAACUUGGACUUUGACGCCAAAUACGCCAGCAGCGUGUUCGUACCGAAAGCCCAGUAUUUCCAUCCUUCGAGCGUCCUGUUCAUUCCGCAAGCUGUGGUUGGAUUUCUUAACCACGUUUCCAACCAGGUCGACAGCAGUUUUAUACCAAUAGUGGGAAGACCUAUCCUGGAAGGGAUGAUGUGCAUCCUGGACACCGUGGGUUCUCACGUCGACGAGAAACGAGGCCUGAGGUCCUGGUGGUCGCCUAACACUUCCACGAAUUUCGCAACCCUUAAGAAAUGUCUCAUUGAUCAGUAUGCGGCGAUGUAUUGGCCUAAUGCCGAUAUGAAACAGUGGGAGCGUUACGUCGACAUCGACAGGCUUCUUCGUGAGGUGGCGCUGGUAGGCCCAUUGUACGACACUUUUGUGUCGAGCGCGCCGUCCGCAGUAAUGGUGACACUAAUUGACGGCAGCGUGUUGGAUUCGAAGAAGCUUUUUUUCAUCAACUACGCGCUGUCGCUAUGCGACCAUUAUGGACGUCGCGACGUGGUUCGUUUGCAAAGAAAGCUUGGGAUUGUGCCAGGUACGGUUUUGGUUAACCUGGCCCUGAUGAACUCGAAAGAGUUUUCGACUAUGUAUAAGUGCCAUGAUGGCGCAGCCAUGAACCCAGAAAAGCGGUGCAAGUUUUGGUGA